AUGAUUGUUCGUUCGGCCGAUAGUGAGUUGGAGCCGCUCAUUUCUCCAGGGUCUCCAUUGAGUAAUUACAGAUCGAUAACAGAGUCUGACAGCAGUAUCACAGUGUGGAGAAAGGCUGUCAAGUAUUCGAUCUUGAUUGCUGUGUUAAUUGCCAUUUUAUUCUUAUUUAUGAUAUACGAAGCUCGAUUUUGUGUUGGCAAGUAUUCAGAAGCUGUAAUAUUUGCCGUGGAUUCUGCCAGUUUUGGUAUCAGAGAUGAUGAUCUUAGCAUGAACUUGAGUGCACAAUUUGUCUUCAAAUAUAGUCGAUUGGAUAAUUGGUUGGUAAGAUACAACUUGGAAACUAUUGGCUGGAUCCUUGGUACCGCCAGUUUUGGUGUUGCCAACGUUAUAAAGGUGGGGGUCGCCGAUGAUAAGGUGAUGAAUGUACUGAUAUCGAAUGAGCAGGCUCAAUUCGAUGUUGAUUUGAGAGAUAACCAGACUAACUACAUUUCUUUGAAUAAUGUAAGCAUCCAACUAGAUUCUGAUGGCUUUUCACACCUUAUAAAUGGUGUUUUCGAAGAAAGAAGACUUCCUGAAAAUUUGAAAGUGACUUGCCAGACGGAAGUUUCCAUUUUACGAGUUCUUCCGUGGAUUAAUGUGAGCCUGGAGUACUUGGUUAGUGGUAUCAAUAUGACAGAGAUUCUUGAUAACUUCGAAAGAGAAGUAAGGGUAAAGAAUUUCAGUAUACAUGGUCAAGAUGAUGAUACUGAGUUCAAUGGUAUUGCUACUGUUGAAGUUCCCGGUAUCAAGGAGCUUUCAUUUGCCAAGUUUUGCAAUAUCAAGUCGAUGAAUUGGGAUGUUUACUUGAGUGGUUGUAAUGGGAAACUUGUGAAAGCAUUGACUGUUGCUAAUGAAGAGUACAAAAAAGUAAGUAUAGGGCAGAAGCACGAUUAUAGACUGUUUUACACUAUUCCUCGACUAUCCCAAGAACUUUUAUCGAUAUGCAAUGAUAGUCAAUUAUCUCCUGCAAACGGCAUUCUUUCUCACUACUUGAACGGCACAUAUGUACCCAUAUUUAUUUCUGGAUCUGUUCCUCAGAACGUGGGAGUUCCAGACUGGCUAGCUAAGUUAUCCAGCGAUAUAGGGGUGAAACUUUAUGUCAGUUCUAAGCAAAUUCCAAUUAAUGAGAUGAAGAAUAAUCCAGUGGAUAGUAUCGGCUUCUCCGACUUGACUCUCAACAUCGAUAGUAGGGGGAAUCUAGUUAUUGGUUCGGAAUUGCAGGUGGGCCUUGAUAUUGGCUUGGAAACGAAGCUAACUGAUAUAGAUAUACCUAGAGUACGAGGUGGCUUGGAUAUUUGCAGUGUGGUCGAUGGUGGAUUGAUUACCAGGUUUAUCAUAGAAGAGUGGUGUGAGAGUUUUUUUAAUGAUACGGACUCAACGUUUUACAUGGAUUUGAAGCAUGGAGUCUUGGAUAUAAGAGAUGCCAAGGAUUUGGGAAAGAAGGUUAACAACGCUUUGAAUGGACAUGGAACGAAUUUCAGUAUUGGCACUGAUUUGGAUUUGGAUAUAGAUUCAGAUUUUGUCAAAAGUGUAUUCAAGGAUAUCAGGAUGGAAUUUAAUUCCGAGUAUGACGGCAUGCGAUGGAACAGAACGUUUGAUGGCGAUUUAACAUUGUACAAAAUAAGCUUUCUUAUGUCUGAUCCUAAGAGAUUGGCUCUGAAAGUUGAUUUUGGGGUUGACAGUCCUAUUAGUAUGAGUUUGAAUAAUAACAUUGAGUUGAUGAUGUUCGGAGUGAAAUACAUGGAUACGAUUAUUGGUCAGGUUGGACUGGAGCAGUUCUCGCUAGCUGCUUUUCCAGUAGUUUCAAAUGUCUCUAUGACACUUGUUCUCCAGAGUGACGAGAAGCAUGGUAAGAGUGGUCUUGAAGAGAUGCUUGGAAAAUAUUUGUCUGGUAUUUCACCGCUAGUGAAUGUUGGAGGAGGGCCUGGCAGAUGCGUACCACAAUCGGCCCUGAUAUCCGAACUUUUCAAGGAAAUUGGUAUACCUAUGCGAAUCCCUCAGCUUAGACAUGUCGGGGCGGUCGAUGGGUUGGAUUCGCACACUCGGGAUUCCCUUUUCGUAUUGGACUGUACUCUGCACAUCAUGUCCUCGGAGAUUGAGCUUACCGUAUACAAUCCUGUGGAUAACCAUGAGAUAGUGGUAGAUAUCAUUGAAGGUAAGGCUUCGCAUGAUGAUACUGCAUUGGGUUACAUCAGUCAUGAGGAGAAGCUAGUUAUUCCACCUGGAGUAUACAAGACUCCUCGAAUUCCAGUAACGUUUAGUAGGUCUGGAUUAGGAGCAGAUAUAUUACGGAAGGCAUUGAACGGAGAAUUAAGUGUUGAAACGCAGGCAUUACUUCAAAUAACAAUCGGAGAGUUUGAUAUGACCGUAUUAUAUCAUGGAAUGGCUUCCAAGACGAAGAUAAGGUUGUAA